GAAUGCAUAACUUUUCGCAUCAGUGUCGGCUGUGCUUGGAGAGCUUGGCGGAUACGAAAGUUUUGCCCAUUGCAGACGAAGUGCUGCAAGAAAAGUUGAGACUAUUGUUGGACUUUGAGAUAAUGCCUGAUCUAUCGUGGCUACCAACCAAUGCAUGUAGGAAUUGCGCUGAAAUAAUAGAUAAUUUCAUUGCCUUCAGACAGAAAGUGAAAUCAAACCAAGACUAUUUGAAUUCUCUAAUGGUGGAAAAUGUAGAUUUGAAAGCUUACGGAUCGCUCGAAUCGCUUACGGAAUCCGUGAAUUCGUCACAGGACAUGGAAGCAGUACAUUCCGAAAACAAUGACCUCUUACCGCCAAUAUCUGUAUCUGUCGCGAGCCGUUCUUUUGAAAUAGUUUACUUGCCUCUUGUGGAACAUGAAGAAGUGACCACUUCAACCAGCCCAACCUUUGCAGAAGUGUUGCUUCCUGUAGAAGAUGAAAUCAAGAUGUUCGGCGACCAAUCAGAUGUUCAAUCCGAUACAGACGAAGCCCCCGACAGUCCAAUGUUACAGUCGGACGAGACAGACCUUAACGAUUCUACGAAAAAGCGAAAAAGUAAGAUGUGGAAGGCGCGAGGUCGUCCCCGAAAGCAAUGCUCUAGUUCAUCGUUGAGUGCAGUCGGUAUAGAUAAGAGAAAACGACAAAAUUUUACCGAACAAGACGAGCAACGAUUGAAGGAUUUUUAUAAACUGGUUUGCGAAAUUUGUGAAACAAUUUCGGAUUCGUUUUCCGAUCUACUCGCCCAUUACCGGAAAGAACACAAAACGGAGGGUUUCGUUCGUUGUUGUGACGCAAAAUUUAAGUUUAAAACGAUGGCGCUUCAGCAUGUGCAUGGACAUCUGGGCACGAUACGAUGCGACAUUUGCAAUAAAACGUUCCUCUACGCUAAUUCGCUUAAGCUGCAUAAUCUGGACCGGCAUAGUGGUCCAGAAGCGAAACCAUUCAAAUGCGACAAGUGUCAACGGUCGUUCGCAAGGAAAUCCAUACUAAAAAGUCACCUCAAGUCUCAUGAUCUGAGACCAUGUCCAACAUGUGGAAAGAUUCUGGCAAAACCGAACUUAGCAUCGCAUAUAGAGAGCGUACAUGGUAACCUGCCCAGGCGAGUUCAAUGUCCGCAUUGCUUGAAAUGGUAUAGGGGUAAAUCCGUACUCAAACAGCAUGUUCAGCACGUUCACCUCGAAAAAGGACAAACAUUUCAGUGCGAUAUUUGCCAAAAACCGUUUCCACAUAGCCGCGCACUAGCAUUACAUCGGAAGAGGCAUGAUGAAUCUAAAUUCGAAUGCGAGGUCUGCGGUAAACAGUUUAGGAAGAAAAAUUCCCUGCGGAGACAUGUCGCAGUUCAUACCUACGAACAACCAAAAGCACACUCCGAACUGACUGCCUUGACGCAAGGAGAAAGAGAAAACGAAUCUCCCGAAUGUACAUCAAACUAACCGCCAAAAAUCUUCACGUUUUGUCA